GACAGUAUUCCUGGCAUUGGGUUCUGUAAUUUUAUCAGCUGCACCUGCGAAAACCAACCCCACGUGAUCCUCGUGCCUGGACCACCACCACUGCAACCAUCUUCUUCUUCUUCUUCUUCUUCUUCAUUCUUCAACCUUACUCUUCCAACCCAAACCCAUUAACCCUAUUUUGUUACACCCCCGGCGUACGUUAGCCUGCACCACUGAACACUCUCACCUCCCUCCUCCUUUUUCUCUUUCUCUCUCAGCAGCGGCACCACCAGCACCAAAUCCCUAAAAGAUGCCAACCACCCUCAACUCCAUUUUCCUCAACCCCAAGCCUUCCUGAUUCACCAAGGAACAUCAGUUUCAGCCACAAUUUCAUGUCAAUUUCAAUUUCAAUUUCAUUUUGAUUUCAUUAAAGCGCAAUGAUGGGCUCUGAGAACCAGAGCUCCGAGGUUUCAGAACCCACAGAGCAAAUGCACAACCUCGUACUCCACGACGAACACGACAACGACAAUAACGACCACAACGGCGACGAUCCCCUCGGCAUCAAAUCGUACUCCAACUACCGCAGUGCCAUGUCCACCCUUUCCGACACCCACCACCCUCUCGCCGACACCGAUCCCCUCUUAUCGCCGCCGUCGCCCCGCCGCCACCACUUCCCUGACACCUCCUCUUACAUCGACCCUCCUUCCUAUAACGACGCCGUUUUCACCCCCUUCAACGGCGCUGCUUCCUCCGUCGAUAGCCCCUCCGGUAGCUCCGACAGCCCCUCCUUCUCUGGAUCUCGUUCCCCGACCUCGGAGUACAUAAAGAUCACCGUGUCGAACCCUAUCAAGGAACAGGAGAAUUCCAAUUCCAUCGUUCCCAGCGGUAACAGCUAUGUUACCUACUUGAUCACGACGAGGACGAACGUGCCAGAGUUUGGAGGGAAUGAAUUCGGAGUCCGGAGAAGGUUCCGGGACGUGGUCACGCUUUCCGACAGACUGGCAGAGUCGUACCGGGGCUUCUUCAUCCCACCAAGACCAGAUAAAAGCAUAGUGGAGAGCCAGGUUAUGCAGAAGCAGGAGUUUGUGGAGCAGAGGAGGGUGGCCCUGGAGAAGUACCUGCGGCGACUUGCAGCACACCCUGAUGUGGCGUCGAGGAUGCUGGACGGUGCGGCAAGGCUUCCCAAGCAGUUGAUGGGGGAAAGUGUGAUUGGGCCACAGGAGGUUGUGCAACCCGCGAAAGGGGGAAGGGAUUUUAUGAGGCUGUUUAAGGAGUUGAAGCAGUCAAUGGCCAAUGACUGGGGAGGUUCUAAGCCGCCAGUUGUGGAGGAAGAUAAAGAGUUCCUUGAAAAGAAGGAAAGGAUUCAAGAGCUUGAGCAGCAGAUCACUAAUGCAUCUACACAGGCUGAAUCACUUGUCAAAGCUCAGCAAGAUAUGGGAGAAACCAUGGGUGAACUAGGGUUGGCAUUCAUAAAACUGACUAAAUUUGAGAAUGAGGAAGCUGUCAUGAACACGCAGAGGGUACGGGCUACGGACAUGAAGGGUUUAGCAACAGCUGCUGUCAAAGCUAGCAGAUUCUAUCGAGAAUUAAAUGCUCAAACAGUGAAGCAUUUGGAUACACUUCACGAAUAUCUUGGAUUGAUGUUGGCUGUCCAUGGCGCAUUCUCAGACCGUUCAAGUGCAUUAUUGACAGUGCAGACUCUCCUAUCAGAACUAUCCACCUUGCAGUCUAGAGCUGAAAAACUUGAAGUGGCAUCAUCCAGAGUUUUUGGGGGUGACAAAUCAAGGAUGCGGAAGUUAGAGGAGCUACAAGAUACCAUAAAAGUUACUGAAGAUGCUAAAAACGUGGCAAUUAGGGAAUAUGAGCGGAUCAAGGAGAACAAUAAGAGUGAACUUGAAAGGCUUGAUAGAGAGAGGCGAACAGACUUCUUAAACAUGUUGAAAGGAUAUGUUGUUAGUCAGGUGGGGUAUGCUGAGAAAAUAGCAAAUGUAUGGACAAAAGUUGUUGAAGAUACUGGUGGAUAUGUGAAAGAAAGCACUUGAUAACUGUGGCUGUAAUUUUAAAUGUUCAUCUUUUAUUCAUUUAUGUGCCACAAUCUGGAAAUACAUUUGUACCUAUGACAAUAAACUAAAAGGAAGCACUCUCAGGUUUCUAGGUUCUCUCUCACACUUGUACUCCUCAGUUCUUACAACCUUUCUUACACAUCAGUUAAAGGCAUUCUUGAUGUUGUAAAUUCGCCUUUCUUGUUUUGUGUUUGACUGAAUGCAGGUUUUGCAAUUUUUUCCCCUUUUCUUUAA